AUGGCUACAGCAACGCCGGUCUCCAAUCCGUCGACGAUUCUUCCUCUUGAAUUGAUCGACAAAUGCAUUGGCUCCAAAAUCCACAUUAUCAUGAAGACGGAUAAGGAGCUGGUAGGAACGCUGCUUGGAUUUGACGACUUUGUCAACAUGGUCCUCGAGGAUGUCACUGAAUAUGAAAACACAGCUGAAGGACGGCGCAUCACAAAGCUGGAUCAAAUUCUUCUAAACGGAGUCAACAUUGCCAUGAUGGUUCCUGGUGGAGACAUGCCAGACGCUUGA